AUGUUGAGCAAGGGAGUUGCAGAAAAGACCCGUGAAUUGAGGAAACUACGGGGAGAAGAGCUCCAAGGACUUGAUAUGGAAGAGUUAAUGAAAUUGGAGAAGUUGCUGGAUGGAAAAUUGAGACGGGUCGUAAAAACAAAGGGUGAUAAAAUACUGAAAGAGACUGAUGCUCUUAAGAAUAAGGAAGCCCAAUUGAUGGAAGAGAAUGCUCGGUUGAGACAAGAAACUGUGGACAUAGCCCAUGGUGAAACCAAUGCUCUUCCACAAGGCCACUCAUCAUUGUCAAUCACCAACUACUGUAUCUCAGUUCAUCCUCCUCAGGGCUGCAAUAGCUUUGACACUUCCCUCAAGUUGGGCCUACCUUUCUCCAACUGA